AUGGAGAGUAGGCCGUGCCGACCCGCCUCCUCCCGGAACUGCCGCCGGGACACCGGCGGGCCGAGCCGGUCCAGGCUCUCGGAGGAGGGGCCGCCGCCCGGCAGCGCCGGCGGGAAGCCAGGGCGGCCAGGGAAUAUGGAGGAAGAGAGAAGAGCUGCUGAGUUACAGAAAAAUGUGAUACAGGACACAGUGGUCUUCGAGGAUGUGGCUGUGGACUUUACCCAAGAGGAGUGGGCUCUGCUGAAUCUCGCUCAGAGAAACCUCUACAGAGAUGUGAUGCUGGAAAACUUCCGGAACCUGGCCUCAUUAGUCACUGAAAAUGGUAAAAAUUUACUUGCCACUAAUAAUGUGCUUUUUAUUUUUGAAAGAAGUCAUGGGGUUGAGAACAUCUACAAACAUAAUGAAGAAAAUCAGUGUGGACAAACCUUCAGCCAAAUUUCACACCUUAAUGUACUCAAGAGAACUACUGAAGUAAGAGCCUAUGAGUGUCAUGCAUGUAAAAAGGCCUUCAUAGAUCAUUUAUCCCUGAAGAAUCACAUUAGGUCUCACACUGGUAGCAAACCCUAUCAUGGAGAUAAGCCAUAUGAGUGUAAGGAGUGUGGGAAGGCCUUCAGUUCCUCCUCUCACCUUAUCAUACAUAUAAGAAUCCAUACUGGAGAAAAGCCUUAUGAAUGUAAAGAGUGUGGGAAAGCCUUCAGUGAGUCCUCAAAACUCACUGUACACGUUAGAACACAUACAGGUGAGAAACCCUAUAAAUGUAAGGAAUGUGGGAAAGCCUACAAUUGUCCUUCCUCCUUGAGCAUCCAUAUGAGAAAACAUACAGGGGAAAAACCGUAUGAAUGCCUUGAAUGUGGGAAAGCCUUCUAUCUUCCCACUUCCCUGAAUACACAUUAUGAAUGUAAGGAAUGUGGGAAAGCCUUCAGUCGUUCCUCAUCCCUCACUGAACACUUAAGAACUCACAGCGGAGAAAAGCCUUAUGAAUGUAAGGAAUGUGGGAAAGCCUUCAUCAGUUCAUCCCACCUGACGGUACAUAUAAGAACUCACACUGGAGAGAAACCUUAUGAAUGUAAGAAAUGUGGAAAAGCCUUCAUUUACCCCUCAGCCCUUAGGAUCCACAUGAGAACACACACUGGGGAGAAACCCUAUGAAUGUAAGGAAUGUGGGAAAGCCUUUCGCCAUUCUUCAUACCUGACUGUCCAUACAAGGAUGCACACUGGAGAGAAACCCUUUGAAUGUCUGGAAUGUGGGAAAUCUUUCAGUUGUCCUUCAUCCUUUCGAAGACAUGUAAGAAGCCACACUGGUGAGAAGCCCUAUGAAUGUAAGGAAUGUGGGAAAGCCUUUGUUUGUCCUGCUUACUUUCGAAGACAUGUGAAAACUCACACUAGAGAAAAUUUAUAA